UGGGAUCGUUUAACACUGGUUGCGCCACCAUCAAAGAAUAGCCUGAAACUGGAGAAAAAAGGUGCACGGAAAGGUAUGCGUGAAUCGGAACGACUUUUUUCGAAUUCUUCGGUCACAUCACCGGCAUCGCUGAGUCGUGGUACGGUGCAGCAGGUGUUGCACGACGAAAGCCCGAACAAUACACCAAGGCGCGAUGCUUCAAUGAAACGGGGCAGCAAGAAAACCAGGCGGAAUGAUUGA